GCUAAUCAGCCAGCAGCUCUCUGCAGACUGCAUAUCCAAAACCUAAAGCAAGCCGGCCUGUCAUAAUUUCUUACCUGUUAUUUUUAUGCCUUGGGUUGGCGGUUUGAGACUUGAAGCGUUAAGACAUUCUGACAUCAGCUCGCGAAACGUCAAAAACUUACAUUAACGCUAUCCAAUCCCCAACCAUUCGAUUUGCAGUUACAACUAAAGAAAUGUAUGUGCGGUAUGUGUAAUCACUAAUCAGUUGGUGAACAGUGCCAAUGAAAAACGUCAAAAUGAGUAAAGAACUAAAUGAAAACGAUAAAAGAAAAAGAAACAAUCUUCUUUCUCAAUACUAUGGGAUAACAGAAGAAAAGGAUGUAGAAAACCUUUUUGACGUGGAUGGAAAGCACUUUAAUGCUGAUGCCUAUGUUGACAAACUGGUUCAGGAAACCAGCUUAAAGCAACUUAUAGAUAAAGAACAGGAACUUGUUCGUGAAAUUCAAUCACUUGAUUCAGAAAUGCAAACUUUGGUUUAUGAAAAUUAUAAUAAAUUUAUCCUUGCCACUGAUACCAUCCGCCAAAUGAAAAGUGAUUUCAAAACUAUGGAAGAUGAAAUGGAGAAGUUAGUUCAAGACAUGUCUCAUAUUGCAACAUUUGCCAACAAUAUAUCUUCAAAUUUACAGGAUCGGCGCCAACAAAUAACAAAGCUUUCAAACAUUCACGAACUGCUAAAAAAUUUGCAAUUUUUGUUUGAUCUUCCCAACAAGCUGAAAACAUGUGUAGAAGAAAAGAAUUAUUCAUUGGCUGUUAAGUAUUAUGCAAAAUCUGAGCAAGUUCUUCAAGAUUUUGGAGAUCAUCCUUCUUUUAGUGGAAUCCAAUCAGAUUGCAAAGAAAUUGUUGAAACACUCAGGAAAUGCCUAAAGGUGCAAUUCAGCAGAGCUGAGGUAACUUCCCAGGAACUAGAAGAAUCUGCAUCUCUUUUAUGCAAACUAGGUGAAUCUUCCACUGACCUUGCAAGAGAAUUUCUUGAAAUCAAUAAAGUGAGGUUAGAAAAAGAUUUGGAAGAUCUAUCCUCAUAUGUGUGGUCUGGUGAAAAUAAUGGAGAAGUGGUCCUCAUAUUCAUUGAAAAAUGCUGCAAUACAGCAUUGAAUAACGUUGCUCUUACCAUUGCAACCUUCAACAACAUUUUCCCUUCAACCAUAUCGAAACAUAAUGAGGGGAUGAAUAGCAUGGCCACGGAUGUUAUUAAUCAACUUUGCCCAAUAGUGGAAAGUAAAAUUGUCGAAAUCAUCGGAUUCGAGAUAAGUGAAGCCUGCUGUUUGUCAGUAGUUGCGGCUUUGGAUAAAUUUCAUCGUCGUCUAUUGGCCGUUCAGCGACUAUUACUGGUGGAUAAGCAAUGGAGCUUCACUCUCAUUACUGAAAUUGCUCGAAUAAUUUCACAUCGAACAGCCGACGCUCUUGUUAUCAAAUGGACAAGUGAACUACAAGGCUGGCGUGAUUCCUGGAAUAACGAUAAUCAGCCACACGGUUCGGUCAAAUUUAUUGAAGGGGCUCUCGUGGAACACAUUCAUCGUGCUUUUGUUGCUCUAACGGCCUUUGUAGGAAAUCACGUUACUUUUUCUCAAGAUUCUCAAUUCCGUCAGACAUUUGGUCGACGUUACGUACGGGAAGAAGUAUUAGUACAGUCGUUGAGUAAACUUUCCACUAUGUUAGCAAAUCUGAGCAACGUAACGGGGAAAGAUAGCGCGUCUCCGACUCUAAUUCUUGUCCUCUCUCGGGUGGCAAUCGAUUUUAGUCAAAAUUUGGCUCAAUCCUUGGUAAUUGAAUUGAAUUCAAACAAAAUAUCUCUUCAGAAUUUUAACGUAAAUUUGUGUGAUUUGCAGUUGUCUUUAAUAGAGGAACAGUUUGACAUUCCAGUCGGUUUUCAAGGAGACCAUCUGACUCCGAUAUCUGUUAUAACUCUCGACUUCAAACAAACUUCACAGUCGCUUUUGCAAAGUUAUGUUCAAAGUGAAAGUCACGUUCUCGUUCAGAUGAUUCGUAAGUCGAUGGAUUCUCGCGAUUGGUUAACCGCUAGUGAACCUCGUGGCGUUAGACCUGUCAUCAAGCGUGUGUUGGAAGAGAUAAGUCGAGUAGAUUCCCAUGCAGCUCAACUGUACGAAGAAGGAUCAAGAAAAGAAAGGAGCUCAGAUUCUUCCCGCCGAACACAUCACAGUAGCUCCAGAAUGCAACAAAAAUCAUCUUGGUCAUCAUUGGGUCCUUCUCAGCUGGACUCUUCAUUACUGAAUAAUAUACAGAAAUUAUUUUCUGAACGAAUUGAUUUGUCGGGAACCGUUGAGCCCAAUAAAGGAUCUGUCGUCAUGGCCAUUAUUAAAAUCUGCCUUAAGGGAUUCUUGGAAUGUGUUCGUCUAAAGACAUUUGGAAAGUAUGGCAUUCAGCAAAUUCAAGUAGAUUGCUACUACUUGCAACUUUUCUUGUGGCGAUUCACCUUCGAUGAGAAUUUGGUUCACAGUUUGCUGGACGAAAUUUUGUCGAGUGCAGUCCAACGCUGCUUGGAACCUGUAUUGAUGGAGCCGGGCGUUGUGGAGCUCAUCUGUGAACGUUAGAAGAGUAAUUUAACAAUUUCGUUUGUUUUCAAAUCUUAUAAAUAUAUUUCUGGUUUUCACCAAUUAUGUCUGAAUACACUGUGUAUUUCUAUCCUCAA